AUGGUGAGAACACCUUGCCGCGACGAAAAUGGUCGUAAAAAGGGUACUUGGACACCUGAAGAAGACAGAAAAUUAGCUGAUUAUAUUACUAAAUAUGGUUCAUGGAACUGGCGACAACUUCCCAAGUAUGCCGGUCUAGAAAGGUGUGGAAAGAGUUGUAGACUUCGAUGGUUGAAUUACUUAAAACCAAAUGUUAAAAGAGGAAAUUAUACCAAAGAAGAAGAUGAAAUCAUAUUGAAUCUCCAUGCUCAACUUGGAAAUAAGUGGUCGGCGAUUUCUGUUCACUUGCCAGGAAGAUCAGACAAUGAGAUAAAGAAUCAUUGGCACACGGCAUUGAAGAAGCGUGCUAAUUAUGCUACAAACUCAAGUAACGACGUCUCAAGCAACAAUAUUAAUAGAAGAAAGAGUAAUAUGGAAAAUCAAAAUGCAAGUGCUAAUAAUAAUAAUAGUAUGCAUGAAAAUAUAGUAUUGGAAAGUUCAGAAGGGUCACCAAAGGAGUCAUCAAGUGAAGAAUUAUCCUCUAUUGAUUAUCAACAAGACAUUUUUCAUGAAGAAUUAGCUAAUUUGGAGGAAAUUACAAGUGGAAGUUUUUGGACAGAACCAUUUGAAAUGGAUAGUAAAAAUGAUUUUGUAGCUCCUUCAAUUGAUUAUUAUGGACUUGUCUGUCCACCUUCUCCUUUUAUACCUCAUGAAUAUCUUUCCUCCUUUGAUCUAGAUCAUUAUGAUUAUAAUUGGUAAACAAAAAAUAGAAGGGAAAAAAACUCCCAAUGAAGUUGAUUUAUCUCAUAUCAUCAUCACUCUCUUACUUGGAGAUGAUGGAUGAAAUAGAAUGUAAUGUGAUUUAAUAUGUUUAAUAUAUUACAUUCUGGUAAAUUAUUCAAUUGUAUUUCUCGUACACUACAUCAAAAAUAAUCUUUAACGACAAUAGUUUAAUUAUU